UCUCCACCCACGUUUACGACCCAUCCACCCUAAUCUCAUCCCACCCAUAGCCCUCCACUCCUCCAGCGCCCUCCACUCGGACCGACGACCCCACCGCCACCGCCGACGAACGACCCACCACCUCCGACGACCACCACCACCGCCAGGCUCUCUCUUGCACAGGAAUUGAAGGGUGAACAAUGGAGUUAGAGGUUUUAGAUGAUGUCGAAGUCAGGGAUACCGAGACUCCAGAUAACAAUGUGGAAGGAUUUAAAACACGACAAUUGGGUAUUUUGAGACAAUUGAAGAAGUACGGAAUUACUAUGAAUGUUAUGGUCGAGAAAAUGGGUUUUGGAUUCGUACUCGGGGUUCAGAAAAAGGAUGAAAUAGGUCGAAUGAAGUCACUAUGGUGCGAUUUGUUUGCACAAAAGAAGGAAAAUAUGCUGCAAAAAAUCAGCAUGAGGGUGUUCAACCAUUAAAUGUGGAUGCGGUAGACGAAGAGGAGAAGGUGAUACCAAAGAAAAGAGUUAUAAAUUGUUCAACCGUUAAAUGUGGAUGCAAAGCUUAUUUGCGGAUUAUGCAUGACAAAUGGAAUUGCAAAUGGAAAGUAACAGGUUUCGAUGAAAGUCACAACCACCCAUUAGUGACUCCAAGUAAGAGGAUGAAAAUGAAGUCAAAUCGAAACAUGCCGAAAGCAGUUAAGGAUUUGACUGAGACAUUUCAUAGAGAAAAUAUAGAUAUUUUGAAAGUUCCUUCAAUUUUUGGUGGUGAGUACAUUGGCUUUGAUAAUAGGGACUGCUACAAUCACUUGAGGAAUGUGAGGCAUAGAGACCUAGAUUGUGGUGAUGCACAAUUAGUUCUUGACUACUUUAAGGACAAACAAGCAAAGAAUCCACAAUUUUUUUAUGUGAUUCAAUGUGAUGAAAGUGGGAGGGCAGUUAAUUUUUUUUGGGUGGAUUCUCGAUCUCGCAUGGCAUACCGUUAUUUUGGAGAUGUGGUCACAUUUGACACAACAUAUCGAACAAAUAAGUAUGAUAUGCCUUUCACACCAUUUAUGGGAGUAAACCAUCACAUGCAGUCGAAACAGUUUGGAUGUGCACUUUUACAAGACGAGACAAAGACGACGUUUGCAUGGUUGUUUAAGGCAUGGCUUGACGCUAUGGGAGGACGAUCUCAAACUUCUAUCAUCACUGACCAAGACUUGGGAAUGAAAGGAGCUAUUGCCAAGGUCUUUCCCAACACCCAUCAUCGUCUGUGUCUUUGGCAUAUUAAGAAGAAAUUUGUUGAAAAAUUGUCACAAGUGUACUACAAGAGAUCGAAAUUCAAGAAGGAUAUGAAAGAAUGUAUUAGGAGGACAUACAAAAAAGAGGAUUUUGAAAAGAGAUGGAUAUUGUUGAUGAAGGAAAAUGGGUUAGAAAGCAACCAAUGGCUUCAAGGGUUGUUUGAUAUUCGAGAAUCAUGCGUACCCGUUUAUAAUCGUGGUACAUUCUUCGCCGUGAAAUAUGAGAAAGCCUUGAGUAGGAUUGUGAAAAGGGAAAAUGAUGAAGAUUUUGAGUCCAAACAUAAGUUUCGGAUUGUUAAUGACCAUGAAUUUUUAUUGAAGCAUGCGGGAAAAGUGUAUACUAGAAACGACUUCAACAAGUUCAAGGACGAAUGGAGUAAAGUCUUUCACUACAAAGUUGAAAAUGUGAGAAAUGACAAUGGUUUUCAAUCUUUCAUAGUGAAGUCAAGAGAUGAUGAACUUGAAAAGUUCGAGGUGACAUUGGAUUCACAAACCUAUGAGGGUAAGUGUGAAUGCCAACAAUUUGAGUUUGUUGGGAUAUUGUGUGCUCACAUUUUGAAAGUGUUUGUCCGACUAGACAUUGAUGAAAUACUAGAACAUUUUAUUCUUCCACGAAGGAGGCAAAAGGCCAAUAAAUUUAGGAUAAUUGAUUCCCAAGGAUUGGUGCAUGACAACAGCAAAGAAGAAUAUGAGAUCCAAGAAGUUUCUAAGGUGUCUCCAAUUGAAAUUUGUGCUGAAAAAGAUAACGAGAAAUUUAUCGAGCCAUCGUCGUCUCAGAUAUUGCUUUUGGAUCUGAACAUCUAUUUACUUGAACACUUGCUUCAUGAUUAG